UUCGCUGCGCGCGCGGCCCACUCGCAAACAUGGUGGCCGCAGUGAGUUGUGGGUGAACGCGGUGUUGGCGUGUGUUUCGGCCCGAAAAAUUAUGCCCGAUUCGACCACUGGUUUCGGCAAUCGCGUCGCGGACCGUCGGCGGGGUUGCGUGUGAUCGGUUGCGUGUGCGUGUUCGCAGCAGCGAUGGACGGCGUGGCCGAGAUGGAGCAGCACUCGAGGGAGACGACGGUCGAUUCGUCGCCGAGUUCUACGCAUGCCGACCUGAUGUCGCCUGGCGGUAACGGCGGUGGCGGUGGCUGCGGCGGCGGCGGCGGGCUAAGCCCGUCGGUGGUGUCGUCGCGCUCACUCGCCGCCUCGUCUUCGGAAGGUGCGGGCGACUCACCUCCUAGCCCGCCGGACGUUACAAAGCAGCAACUCAUACGGCAGCUGGUGAUCCACCACCCGUCGCUGGUCGUCAAGCAGGAGGAGGUGGGCAGUAGCGCGUCGGCCGGUGCCGCCGCCGAGGACCUCUCGCCGGCCUCCGUUAAGCAGCAGCAGCAACAACAGGAGUUGUCGGUGAUCGUGCCGGCGCACGAGGACGGCUCCUCACAGCUCGACUCGCAGGAGCUGCUGAGUCCGGGCAAGUUGUCGCCCUCGUCGGGCAUCGCCGGCAUGAUCGACGCGUCCGACUUCCGGGCGCUCCAGCCCGAGCCCACGUACCAGACGCUGACCUCGGUCAACGGCAGGAUGUCGCCACCGGGCUUCAGCCCGACGUCGUCGUACGCGACGUUGACGCCGCUGCAGCCGCUGCCGCCGAUCAGCACCAUGAGCGACAAGUUCGCGUACGGCCACGCGGCGUCCAACGUGUCCGGCUCGUUCACCGUGAUGCAGAACAACGGGCUGGCCGGUCUGGGCAUGGCCUACGCGCCCUACGACAAGCUGCCCUCGAUGGGCAUGUCGCCGCCGUCGCACUACUCGUCGUCGCCCAACAACUGCCAGAUGCAGCAGCACUCGCCGUUGUCGCCGCAGAGCGCGUACGGACAGAACGGCGGCGGGCCCGGCGGCCCCGGCGCCGGCAUCCACUCGCCGCCGACGCACAAGUCGCUGUCGCCGAACGGCGGCGGCGGCCCCGGCGGAGGCUACAUGGGGGCGCCGCACUCGCCCACCCUCAGCCCGCCGUCGGCGUCGAUGCACUCGCCGACGCUGGUGGUGAGUCCCAACUUCGCGUCGUCGGCCGGCGGCGGUGUCAACGGCCUCGGCGCCGUGUCGCCGCAGGCGCCGCAGCAGCAGCACCACUCGCCGAUCCACUCGCCGUCGCCGCCCGUGGCCAACACGGUGGUGGUGUCGGCGCCGCCGUCGCUGGCCCUCAAGGUCAACAGCGGCGGCGGCAGCAAUUCAUCGUCGGCCGGCUCCUCGUCGGCGUCGACGGCCGCCGCGGCCGCCGCCGCCGAAAUCGAGGAGAUCAACACUAAGGAGCUGGCGCAGCGAAUCAGCGCCGAACUCAAAAGGUACAGCAUCCCUCAAGCCAUUUUCGCACAACGCGUUCUAUGCCGAUCGCAAGGAACUCUUUCAGAUUUAUUGCGCAACCCCAAACCGUGGUCGAAACUUAAAUCGGGCCGGGAAACUUUUAGACGUAUGUGGAAAUGGCUGCAGGAACCCGAGUUCCAACGGAUGUCGGCGCUUCGACUCGCAGGUAAGUGGCCUUGUGAGUGGGACCAUUCCGAUCUGUGUGCGCUCGGGUCUUCUUCGGUGCCAACAGUGGCUGCUCAGAUUCCACAACGAGGCAAGCCUGCUGUCAUGUCGCAAACAAUUGUUGCAGCCUGCAAGAGGAAAGAAGAACAGACUCCACAGCAAGAACAUCCACCUGCACCCAAGAAACCGCGCUUGGUUUUCACAGACCUCCAGCGGCGUACGCUACAGGCUAUUUUUAAGGAGACAAAGAGGCCGUCGAAGGAGAUGCAAGUGACGAUCGCCCGGCAGCUGGGCCUCGAGCCGACCACGGUGGGCAACUUCUUCAUGAACGCGCGCCGCCGCUCGAUGGACAAGUGGAAGGACGAGACCGUGAUGGAUGGGACGGGGUCGGUGAAAAACUCGCCCCAGCAGACGACCAGCACGACGGUGGUGCAGGUCGGCCCAAGUGCCCAGCAGAGUCUUCAGCAGCAAACGGUGACCAUUCACACGAGCGACUCUUUGUGACACAACAGCUUCGACGACGACGCUGCCGCCUCGCACCGCAGCAACGAACACUUGGUGUUUCUCUGAGGCAUUCGUGCGCGUGUCGCAAAAACACUCGUCGCCCGUCGAAAAAGGACUCUCUUCCUCUCCCCCGCCAUUUUUCGCAGCACUUUUUACAAUUUUCCUUGUCUGAUCGGGAAAUACUCAAUGCCUGCUGCAGCCUAGUCCGUUUAUUUAGUUCCAUUUUCCGCCACCCUUUUUCGCAGCCAAAAUACGCGCCAGCUAAUUUUCGCACUCAUUGCUCCCUUUUCCUUUUAUCUGACGAUGGGCGCGUCAAGUGACCAGAUGUCAUUUCUCCCAUUCAUUCGGUAGCGCACUUGAUGAUGGAAAAGUUGUGUUUUCCCCGUUUCGCCUGCUUGUUUUUAAAACAACAGGAGGAACUUUCUUUUGCUCUUUUUUAUUUCACACUCGGCUGAAAAAGCGGACUGCUGCUGCUGCAGACAAUUUUUUAAAAUAUAAAAAAGGAAAGCAAUUUUUUCACGUGCUGGAGACCGCGCGGAGAGUGGCUCGGAGGAGAAGGGUCAACUUGAGUGACUGCUGCUUAUAGAAAUUGUUUGGUUGUUGAGUUGUUUGGUUUUCCACCAGCUGAUAUUUGUUGUUUGUUGUCUUCGUCUCUAGUUAAGAAAAGACGCGAGCGCGAGAGAGAAUAAUUUUUACCUUUCCGUCAACCAGAGACAACUCUAGUCGAGUUCAGGGACCCAAAAACUAGCGUUUUAAGCGAGCGUAACUUAAGCAUUCCCCUGUUUGAUUGAUUGUGAUUUAUAUUUCGAAGCAUUUUUAUUGUGCUUUACAGUCAUAUUUUUCUUGUAACUUUUGUGAUGUGUCAUUCCGUUUUAUUGAUCCGCACUAGUCAUUUUUUAUUACCUAAUUUGUCUGUGAGUGGCUAUAAUUAUGAUCUCAAAUUUAAUUUGUAAGAUACGCGUAGUUAAAAAUUCCCCCUUUCCCCGAUUGUUUCCGUGUACAAAAAAGUAGCGCUCCUAUGGUUUUGCUGCCUGGAAAGCAAAAAAAUGAGAAAGUUCUUGCUGACGGUUCUCAAAGGAUGGGACACACAUAAAAUAUUUCUCGAGCAAUAGCCUUUUGGUGUGUGCAUUUCUUGGAUAUAAAACAGACAAAAAAGAUAUAUUGCGAUGACGGUGGAUUUUUGUAGCUCAUAGAGAUAAUAAUCGAUGGAGUACGUUAUUUCAAAUACGCAGAAUGUGGACCUUGUACAGAACCUUUUUUACACCCACCUGCGCAAAUACCAAUCAUCUCACACUCGUUCAAAUAACAUUAUCAAAAAUGUGUUUAAAUUUAAGAAAAGUGGGAAAGUAGAGUUUUUCAGUUAAAUCACGCGUAUAACACAAACAAAUGAACACAAUAAGAUUAAAUAAGUGUCGCUCAUUCUAUCUUUUCGCUCUAGAUCUCCAUUGAUUGAUUGAAACAAACGAUUUAUUUUUCUAUCGACAGAUCUUUAGGAAAACGUAUUAAAACACAAAAACACUCACCGAUGACUAAAAAAAACCAGAAACAGACGCAAUAUUCCGUAUCUUGCUGGGGCAAAAACGUUUUUGCGGAGGGCAAAAAAGCCGAAAAGACGCUGCUUUUACUGACUAUGCAAGACUUGACAGAAAUAAAAAUAAAGUAAAAAGAAGCGGCAAAGAAAGUGCGCACCGAAAACAAUUGUAGACCCUUGUGAAGGUUUGACCCUGAAACCAUUGUGCUCUGUUGUAUAAAGGAUCUUUCCUGCUAUUCAAUUGAGAUAGCAUGUAAGAAAACCAGUCAAGUCAGUGAAUGUGUUAUGUAUAAAAAUUAAACAGUGGUAUUUAAGGAACAAGUCUGUACAUAGCGCGCGUAGGCGUUCGCAAUUCCAAUCACCCGAGCAAGCUCGCUAAUCGCCGGAUCGACUGUCAAAAAAUCGUGUGCGGAAUUAGUGAGUUCGUUCUCCCCUGCCCCCAGUCACCCACCGAAUUCAUAUUCUAAAAAUCAGUUCGAGUAUUAAGCUGAGUACUUAAUUGCCAGGAAAUAAGUGUAAAAUGUACACGUAGCGAAACAGAAAAAGAAAGCAGCUCCCCGAGAAAAACUGAUCAAAAGUGUUUUUAUCCGCAAUAAAGAGAAUCAUUUUGAGAAAGUUAUAGUCACGAAAACGCACUCUAAAGUGAGCCAUUGUUUUCAAACUUUUUUCUUAAGACGGUCUGUUCGAACAGACUCAAGAGUUGAAUUGAAAUUUACAGGUAUGAAUGGAGAUAAAAAUUAUAUAGAAAACGAUUAAUAUAAUCGCUGUUUGUACAACAGUUGCAGGAUUGAAUUGUAGUGAGGAGCGUUUACCGAGAAAAAUUUAACCACCGAAAAGUAAAUGAGAUAUGUGCAAAAAUGUAAUUAAAAAGGUAUCAAAAAUCGAGUGAAUAUGUGGUGUAUGUAGUUAUGUAUUGAACUAAGUCACUGGAUGGUUUUAUAUUGAACAGAUUUGGCGAAAUUAAAAUUAUUGACACACGGAAGCUACCACUUCUCUAGAGACAAAUAACGAUUGUAAAACGCAGGACCCUUGAUUGUUCCAUUCCAUUUUAUUUGUCUUCGUAUUACGUGCAAUGAUAUUAAUUUUAAAGAGACAAAAUGUACCUUAUUUGUUAUCGCGCUCGGGCUGGAAUCUAGAUUCGCUUGGCCUGAAGCGUGAAAAUGAACAUAAUUAUCCAUUCCAAUGUGUUGAUGAUGUAAUUGUUGAUCAUUUGGAAUGCGAAAAAUUGGCCUCAAAGGUCAGAUAAACAUUCUUGAGCGUCUGUCUGCUAAGUUGAUUUCAAAAGAUAGGUAUUGGGAUAAUUGAAUUAGUCACAUAACUUAAAUCUCUAGUCUGAAAAGCCCCCCCGACUUGUAAGAAACCUCAAAUGACUGCAGAUGUAAAAAGUUGUUGGUUUGUAUUGCGUCGUGAAACAAAAAAUAAAAGAAACAUUGUUUUA